AUGGAGUUACAUCUGCCUCUUACAAUAGCCACCUUCUCCGUUAUUCUACUAAUAUUCAUAUUCCAAAUCUUGUUCCAAAAGAGGGCAAAGAUAAGCAAGAAGCAAAACCCACCUCAAGCGAAGGGUGCAUGGCCUAUAAUAGGACAUCUACACCUUCUAGGUGGAUCUGCGCUACCUCACCGAAUUUUCAGUGACUUGGCGGAUACAAAUGGGCCGGUCUUUACCAUCAAAUUAGGUGUUCGCCAAGCUUUGGUAGUGAGCGAUGCGGAGAUUGCUAAAGAGUGUUUCACCACCAACGAUAAAGCCUUUGCCAGCAGACCCACGUCGUUGCUUUCGGUUAUCAUGGGCUACGACUACGCCAUGUUCGUGUUAAGUCCAUACGGGGAGUACUGGCGACAAGUGCGCAAGCUGGCUACAGUUGAGCUUCUCUCUCAGCGACGUGUUGAGAUGCUAAAGCACGUUCGAGUCUCCGAAGUUAGAACAUUCAUGAAAGACACCUACGAGGCUUGCUUGAGAAACAAAGAGGUAGAAGAUUCUGAUACGGUGAAGGUGGAGAUGAGAGAGUUGUUUGCCAAUCUGGUGUUUAACAUUAUAACAAGAACAAUUGCAGGAAAGCGAUUCUCGCCCGGUGAUGAAGAAGCGGUUGAAAUUCACGCGGUGCUUAAAAGAUUCUUCGAGUUUUUGGGCACUUUCGUGGUGUCUGAUUUCAUUCCCUCUUUGAAGUUUAUGGACUUAGGAGGACAUGUGAAAAGAAUGAAGUUAGUCGCGAAAGAGAUGGAUGACAUAAUUGAACGAUGGUUAAAUGAGCACAGGCAAAGGAGAGAGUCAAAUGAAGUGAAACAGGACUUCAUGGAUAUAUUGAUUUCCAUAGUUGAAGCUGCUUCUAAAGAUGAGUUUCCUGGCUAUGACCGUGACACAGUCAUCAGAUCAACGUGUCUCGUAAUCAUCACCGCAGGUUUUGAUUCAACGGCUGUAACUUUAACAUGGGCUAUAGUUUUGCUGCUCAACAACCCAGAAACACUAAAACGUGCUCAAGAGGAACUCGAUCUCCAUGUUGGAAGAAAGAGACUGGUGGAUGAAUCAGACAUCAAAAAUUUAGUCUACCUACAAGCUAUUAUCAAAGAGACUUUACGUUUAUACCCAGCUGCACCAAUCUCACUUCUUCAUCGGUCAACAGAAGACUGUGUUGUUGGUGGCUACACGGUCCCAAAGGACACCCUCUUAAUAGCAAAUCUAUGGAAAUUACAUCGUGAUCCUAAUGUUUGGUCAGAUCCGUACAAGUUUCGACCCGAGAGGUUCCUGACAGACAAAAAGGAUAUUGACCUCAAGGGUCAACAUUAUGAAUUGCUUCCGUUUGGUAGUGGUCGAAGAAUGUGCCCGGGUGUUUCUUUUGCACUCCAGUCUUUGCAUUUAACAUUAGCUAGUUUGAUUCAAGGGUUUGAGCUAGCCAAAUCAUCCGAUGGGCCGGUUGAUACGAGUGAGAUCUUCCUACUGACCAACAAUAAAGCAUCUCCACUUGAUGUCCUGCUUAGACCUCGUUUAUCCAGUGAUGUGUAUCAUGUUGAUGCAUAGAGUUAGGUCACCUCUAAAAGUCCUACCGUUUCGAUAAGUUUAGAUAUAAAAGGUGAUACACUCGUAAACCCAAAUAAGUGUGCUCUUCGUAUUGUUGGUUUUCUUUUUUCUUUUUUUGUCAAAGGGGAAAAGUGUAUGCUGCUUAAUUUGUUGGUUUUGUUCCUAUUGUAUGUGUUGCAAGUAAAACAAUAAUAAAUAGUCUUUUAUAGUCAA